GUCUUUACUCUUCCUUCCUCCUGAGUUCUGAUCCAUCUUCUUCUCUCUCUGACUUCAAGCUUUUGAUCGAAUUCUACAAUGGCGAUUUCUCCUAAAACAUGUCUUGCUUCUCUUCUUCUCCUUCUUUUCCUUACUCUCGUCGUUGCUGUUCGUACUGUUCCCAGGUCGGAGAAAACAGAGGAAUUACAGAGCUUCAAGAACAUAACAAUGGCGGAAAAGAUGGAGGAGGUUGAGAUUUUUAAUGAACAUGCAGUAGCAAAUCCAGAAGAGGUUGUUGCAAUGGUUCACAUGAGUAUCCAGAACAGCACUCAGAGGAGGAAUUUGGGUUACUUCUCAUGUGGAACAGGCAAUCCUAUUGAUGACUGCUGGCGGUGUGACCCCAACUGGCACAAAAACCGUAAACGCCUGGCUGACUGUGGUAUUGGAUUUGGAAGGAAUGCUAUUGGUGGCAAAAAUGGUCGCUUCUAUGUCGUUACAGACUCUCGUGAUGAUGACCCAGUUAACCCCAGGCCAGGGACCCUUCGUCAUGCAGUCAUCCAAGAAGAACCUCUCUGGAUUAUUUUCCAACGCGACAUGGUGAUUGAAUUGAAGGAAGAGCUUAUAAUGAACAGCUUCAAGACAAUUGAUGGACGUGGAGCCAACGUUCACAUUGCUAACAGAGCUUGCAUCACAAUUCAGUACGUGACUAACAUCAUCAUCCAUGGCAUUCAUGUCCAUGAUUGCAAACCCACUGGUAAUGCUAUGGUGAGGAGUUCAACUACUCAUUUUGGAUGGAGAACAAUGGCCGAUGGGGAUGGAAUCUCGAUCUUUGGUGCGAGUCAUAUAUGGAUCGAUCACAAUUCCCUCUCACACUGUGCUGAUGGCUUGGUUGAUGCUGUGAUGGGUUCAACUGCUAUCACAAUUUCCAACAAUCACUUUGCUCACCAUAAUGAGGUGAUGCUACUCGGGCAUAGUGAUUCUUAUGUGAGAGACAAGACAAUGCAAGUUACGAUUGCAUUCAACCACUUUGGUACAGGCCUCAUCCAAAGAAUGCCAAGGUGUCGCCAUGGUUAUUUCCAUGUGGUGAACAAUGACUACACCCACUGGGAAAUGUAUGCAAUCGGUGGAAGUGCAGCUCCCACAAUUAACAGUCAGGGCAACCGAUAUGCAGCACCAGCCAACCCUUUUGCAAAGGAGGUCACAAAGAGGGUGGAGACAGCGGAAAACAAGUGGAAGGGUUGGAAUUGGAGGUCCGAGGGAGAUCUUCUGUUGAAUGGUGCAUAUUUCACCCCAUCCGGAACUGGAGCCUCAGCAAGCUAUGCAAGAGCCUCGAGCCUAGGUGCUAAAUCAUCAUCGAUGGUUGGAGCCAUCACAGCUAAUGCAGGUCCUCUGUCCUGUCGUAGGGGCCGCCAAUGCUAGCCAAUGUUCAGAGUAAACAAUCCAUUUUUGCAUUUUCUCCUACAGAUUAUAUCAUUUCAUCCAUGAAUUUCGCGCAUUUUUCUUAUCGAAAUCACUUGCAAAUUUCCACAUCUUCUAAUCUUGGCAAGUGUACAUAUUUAUACACAUUGUCCAUUGUAUGAUUCAAUUGAAUCAGUUUUGUGUGGAUCUUAUUUUCUCAACCUCGACCCAGCUUCAUUCUAAGAAGAAAGUUUUCGUAAAUGACAGCAAGGUCAGAUGCGUUGUUCCUUUCUUUCUUUUUUUCGUUUUCCCCCCAAAUCUUCCGAAAUUUUAACCACCUUUACCUUUUUCCUCAGGUGUCUGGUUUCCGUAGUUGAUUUAUAGGAAUUUGGAAUGGUUUGUAAGUUUUUCCUUUGUUUUUUGCUUUUUUUUUUGUCAAUCCAAGUUACUCCACACAAGUGUAAAAGGUUACAAAUGCCAAGAAACUUCAAUGAAAUUUGUAUUCAACAUUAGUAAAGCAGAAACAAUCACUUUAUUACUAGUACAGUACUUGCUUCUUUA